AUGUUCCGGCUAUCCAAAUCUCGCAAGGACAAACCAGAGCGAGAGUCCGAAGACAUAUUUGAAUCGUCGCGGCCACGCACCAUUGGAGGCCUGAAGAGACUUGCGUCGGGUAGACUACGCUCGGUGUCAGUUCCACGGGUCGUCACACGGACACCCAAGCCGUCGACGAGCAGCAGCACCAGAACCCUAACCGCAUUCCAUACGACAGAAACGCUGUACGACCGUGACCGGAGAGCAUAUCCACACGGCGUCGACGCAAGGUGGGAAUCCGAUUGUGGGAGGAGCGUUGUGCCAUGGACUCGACUGUACGAGGGGCGCAAGCUGCCCACGCACGUAUACAAAAAGACGCCGAGAGAAGUCUUUGAUUGUAUUGUUGCACAGCUGGAACAGCUUCACCUGGACCAGGACCAAGCGUGUGCGUCAUGCUAUCUCGACAACCUGCACAGUCUGUCGCUGGCCAGCCGUGCGUGGGGCGAGGCCGCAACCGCAGUCCUGUACCGCAAGGUGCUGGUGCUGGCCAACACGUCCGAGCGAGCAGCAGCGUAUCCGCGGCUGAAAAUCAACGGAACCAGCCGCCUGAAGCUGCUUCGACGGACGCUCCGCGAGAACAGCAUGCUGGCGGACAUGGUCAAGGAGCUGCAUGUAUCCGACUUCCAGACGCUGUACCACGACGCGACGAUUGAGCAGGAGGAGAUUGUGAAUCUCGUGGCCUCGCUGGUCAUGGCGUGUCCGCGUCUGGAGCGCCUUGUUGGUUUCCACGUGCCGUUUUCAGCGGCGUUUGAUCGUCUCUCGCAUGCGCUGUCGACACGGCCGAAUCUGCGGGAGCGGGCGUGGAUGCUGGGCGAUGCCGACCACGACGUCAACGACGAGGACGAGCAUGAGAUGCGGGGCCUGUACAUUGCCGAAUGCGAUCCCACGGAGCACUUCCUGAGCCUGAAUUCAAACCACCCCAUGUUGUCGACGCUGGUCCUGCACCAGGGAGCAGGAAACAACUUGUCCCACCUCAACUUUCGAGCCAUUGUCGGCACCCUGCGCAGCUUCCCGCAGCUGUCCCAUCUGUCCAUCAGCGGACUCCCGGCGAGUUCGUUUACUAAUCUUGUUCUGAACGCCCUGCCCGCAAACCUGCGCAGCCUCCGUCUCGAGAACCUCCCGGGCGUCACGGAGAAGGGCAUCAGUCGCUUUGUGACUUCGCCGCAGGCAGUCGCGCUUCAAAAACUCUCGCUCAUCAACCUGGAAAUCCGGAGUGUACUCACACUCGCCGAUAUUUUCUCCGCCCAUCUAGCAGGCCUAGAAGAGUUCUCUUUGGUCCAGGACAAAGCACCCACACUCCCCGGAAACCAUCUGACACCUACCUUUCAUUCGCCAUCGCUCCGCUACCUCCACUGGGAGCUCCGGUCCGAAGACAGUCCACUCCCCGCGUUGACGUUUCUGUCGUCUGGAGAAUAUCCGGAAUCCCAGGCUCCGGCUUCGGAAAACUUGGAACUGAGCUGCUGCGUGGGCACGUACAUCCUCGCGGCCAGCAUCAGGAACAACGGCUUCCCACUGCUCAGCUCCAUCCGCAUACCGCACGAUCCCCAGGGCACCAUUCAGUCGCUGUGCCGGCCGCUCAGUUCAGCACUGCUCCAGUCGGACAUGGUCAAACUAUCCGAAGAGCUCAUCUCCGGCUCGUCUCACGGAGACGGGGCGUCCAUCUGCACCGGCAUGUCAACGGCCCGCGUCGAUUCGGUCGUCGACUCGCCCGUGUUCAGCCCUUCGACGCCCGAUGCCAUCCUGGGCCCAAUGAGAUCGCGUCUCGCGGCACAAUCCCGCAUUCUGGCCGCGAGAAAGGAGCCCGGCAUGGCGGUCCGCGUGAUCGACCCGGAGGGCGAGGUCUGUGUGAACAAGGUGUUUGGGUCCUACGUCGGCCACGUGGGUAGCAACAUUACCUAUGAAUUGAGGCCGCAAAGAUGGGUGGUGAGGCAGAAUGCAUGGAUGACCGAGAUGGAGGCUGUGGCUGGCUGUAGGGCUGCAGAUAACACUCACGACGGGCUUGCCGCCACCUGGAGACCCUGUGGACACCUGGUCGGCGCGGGAGUUGAUGGGCGAGCAGUGUCCGUGGACAAUCUGUUUUGAUUGUCAUGGCGUAUGCAGCCUAUUUCAGUCUGUCGUCACCAGGGAUAAAUUUCCUUUGUAAAACCCCCCUUACGAUACCCCUUUUGUACCAUUUACCAGAUCCAGCGACAGUCGCUUUAUGAUACCCGAGGGCGGAUUCCCCAUGCUUUGUACGGUAUUCAAAACAAUGAGAGGCUUGUUUGGUCUCGCGUCGAGGAAGGACAGGUACUCGUAAAUGUACCAGUACUAG